AUAUGGAUGGACACUACCUAGUCUUUGCUUAGUACCUUUUGCAGAUAUGUUUAACCAUAGUUGUGAAUCAACUACACAUUUUAUUGUAAAUAAAAGAUUUGAGAAAGAACCUUAAAAAAAACAUGAAUAAUACAAAAUAAAAAAGAUAAAUUAAAUCUUUAAAUUUUCUAAGAAGAUAAAUUAAUGGAAAAAGAAAAAACAUUUAAAAAUAUUAUUUAUAAAAAUAAAAAAAUAUAAAUUAAAAUAUAUAUAUAUAAUAAAAUAAAUAUAUAAUUAAUAUAUAUUUUUAUUUAUAUGUAUAUAUAUAUAUAUAUUUACUUUUUAUAUAAAUAUAUAAUUAUAUUUAUAAGAAUUUUAAUAUUUUUGAUAAUAAAAUGUAUUCUACAACUGAAUCAGAAGAUAAUGAUACAUCAGAAGACGAUAAAAAAGAACGAAAAAAUUAAAACAAUUAACUAAAAUUUGCUGAAAUGAAAAAGUUUCUUAAUAUUGUUCCAAAAUAAAUAUAAUAAAAAAAAUAUUCUACAAAUAAAAAUUAUUUUGAAGAUGUAUUGUUUUAAAAAGAAGAAGAUGGCUGUAUUAUCAAACUUAACUAAAUAACAAUAAAAUAAAAUAAAAAUUAAUAAAUAUAAAAUUAAAAUCAAGAAGAAGAUGAUUAGGAAUAAUAAUGGUAAAGUGUUUCAAACUCAUCAUCAUAUAUAUCAGAUAUUUCUGACGAAUCAGGUUUUAGUUGGUUCGAUGAAGAUGAUGAGGAUAAUUAUUUUGUAGUAACUACAUAAAAACCAGAAAAAAAAGGCUAAUAAAUUUAUAAUUGUUACGGUUAAAGAACAAAUAAAUUUCUAUUAAUGUGGUAUGGAUUUUGUUUUAAUAAAAAUAGAUAUGAUUCAUAUUCUUUAAGACUUUGGAUAAAUAUGAGAUAAGAAUAAUUAAAUAAUGAUUUAUUUGAAAAAAUAGUUUUUUAAGAAUUUCUAGAAAAAGAAGAUUGUAAAGGAGGAUUUGUUUGGAAAAAAUAAGAAAAAGUUAAUUUAGAUGACAUUACAUAAAAUUUUAGAAUUAAAAAAAAUAAAAUAAAUAUAGAUUUGAUUAUUUAUUUAAGAUUAUAUUUAAUGAUGCAUUAUAAAGGACCUGAUUUAAAAAGAGUUAUGGUAAGUUUACCUGUAUCUCCUGUAUACGAAUGCUUUGUUUUAUCUUUUGCUAUUAGAUUAUUAAGUUAUUUAUUAAGUAGAUUUACUACAACAAUAAAAGAUGAUAAAGAACUUUUAUAAAAUCAAAACUUAAAUUAUAAAUAUAGGUUUGCUAUUAUAUAUAGAUUGAAUCAAAAGGAAAUUUUAUAAGAAUAAAUAUCUUUGAUGAAUUAGGCUUUAAUAUUAUUAAAUUAAUUAAAAGAAAAUUACAUUUUGGACAAAGAUAUGUUAUUAAAGCCAAUGUUUAAUGAAAAAAAUUUAGUUGAAAGUUAUUUAAAUAGAUAUAAACUUAAGCCUUACAUAUUAUAAAUAUAUGAAAGUUAUGAAUAUAAUUUGUUUUAAUUCCCUAAAAAAGAAGUAUUCGAAUGUUUAAAAUGA